AAUCGGGGUUGGUAGAUGCUGAUGACAAGCAACUUUCGUCACUUGACAUCAACUGCUCCCGAACAACCUCAUUUAUUCCUUCGUUAAGCUCCAAGUGUGAAAGAUCGGCUUGUUUCUGCUGCUAUCAGUCUAGGGUUUAUCACACAUCAGAAUUCUCUUAUCAGGUGCAUUUGUCACGAACGGGGCGGGUCGAACAUAAUGGGUGAUACAAAGUGCAAAUGUGGUCCAGGUUAUGCAACGCCGCUCGAUGCGGUUCGCAAUGGUCCGGUUGAGAAAUUGCUUUACGUUGUUUGCGUGCAGCCGAAUCUGGACGAAGAGCAUGGGGAUUAUCUCGCUACGGUGGACGUUGACCCGGCUAGCUCAACAUUCUGUCAAAUCAUACAUCGCACGUACACCAAUAGCAAAAGAAAUGAAUUGCACCACAGCGGCUGGAACACCUGCUCGAGCUGUCACUUUGUCCCGGGCGAUAAGGAAGUACCCACUCGGGACCGUCUGGUGCUGCCGUGUCUGAACUCGGACCGCAUCUUUAUAGUCGAUACCGGAACCGAUCCGCGUGCUCCCAAGCUCGACAAGGUGAUCGAGGCUGACGUGCUGAAGGGGGCCAACUGUACGGCACCUCAUACCACCCACUGUCUGCCGAACGGGAACAUUAUGAUUUCAAUAAUGGGUGAUGCCGAGGGUAACGCGAAGGGUGAUUUCGUGGAGUUUGACAAGAAUUUUCAGCUAGUUGGCACUUGGUCGCGUGGAGAUCGGAAGGCUUUGUGCGGAUAUGAUUACUGGUACCAGCCCCACUUUAACGUGAUGGUCGCCUCGGAAUGGGGCGCCCCGAAACUGUUCCGUCGCGGAUACCAUCCGACGGACUGUGCCGAUCGUACGCAGUACGGUUGUCGGUUGAACUUUUACCGCUGGCAGGAACGGGAACUCUUCCAAACGAUCGACCUCGGCGAUGAUGGACUGACACCGCUCGAAAUUCGUUUCCUGCACAACCCAAAAGAAAACCAAGGGUAUGUCGGAUGUGCUUUCUAUGCGAAUGUGUACCGGUUCUAUCAGAAACCUGGCUCUUCGGAAUACACCGCCGAAAAGCUAAUUGAUGUGCCGGUGAAGAAAGUUUUGGGCGAAAAUGGCGAGAUCGAAAUGAUGGGCGGCAUGAUGACGGAUAUUCUUAUCUCGCUGGACGACCGGUACCUGUACUUCAGCAACUGGCGUCACGGAGAUGUCCGGCAGUAUGAUAUUAGCGAUCGUGCCCAUCCACGACUUACGGGACAAGUGUUUCUGGGUGGAGCGAUUCAGAGUGAUUCGCCAAGACGUGUGCUGGACGAUCCGGAAUUAAGCGAACCACCGAAACCGGUCUACGUGAAAAAACGCCGUCUGCUCGGAGGACCGCAAAUGUUGCAGCUUUCACUCGACGGACGUCGGCUGUACGUGUCGUCUAGUUUGUUCUCACCGUGGGAUAAGCAGUUUUACCCGGAGAUGGUAGCGGCCGGCGGCACAAUCGUACAGCUGGACAUUGACGUCGAAAAUGGCGGCAUGAAGCUGAACGAGAACUUCUUGGUGGAUUUUGGAAAUGAACCGUAUGGGCCGGGUUUGCCCCAUGAGAUGCGAUAUCCUGGAGGUGACUGUACGUCGGAUAUCUGGCUAGUGAACGAGUAAAUUCCAAUUCUAAUGUUGUGCAAAAAAUACGCAACAGUUUGAAGUCAUUCCAAUGUUGAAAUUUAUAAUUACAAUUUAAUAAAAAAGCAUUUUAAACAUUU